AUGAGCCGAAGGGACAACAACGUGAGAAAAUUGUCCUUUCUCGGAUUCCACACGAAGGAGACGACCAAUGACGACCCGAACGAGGUGCACCUGGACGAUGAAAUCGAGCGCGUCUUCGGCUCGGCCAGCGGCAUCGAGAAGGAGCGGUUCGAACUGAACCGGCUCAAGGACGAUGUCAUCCUGGACAACUCGCCGCUGAAGUACGACGAAGCGCACCGCGUCCCCGACAAAGCCGACAGCAGCCGUCCGGCGCAGCUACCGGGCACCAACCGCCAAAUGCACCAGCCGGACGCGGCGUCCAGCGCCAGCAACGUCAGCAAUGGGGGCCACGGGGCAAAAUCGCCGCCCACCACCACCCCGACCAGCCCGCUCUCGUUCUCGUCCAAGAGCGAGACGACGACGACGGCCAACAAUGCCACGCUGGCCGACAACACGUCGAACGAUUUCAGCGAAACCGUGCACGACGAGCCGAUCGUGGACCAGGGUACGGUCCAGGGCGAACAGUGGGAUACGAGCGCCAGAAGGAACGUGCACUUCGACAAGGACAAGAAGGGAGCCCAGAUCGAAGGACUGCCGCUAGAGGACACCAACGAGGAACGUCGUCGGCGCACGGAGCGCCACCAUCCGCAUAAGUCGCGCAAGUUCUCGCUGCAGGAAUACCAUCCGGAAUGGCGGCGACAGAGCGGAACCGAGGGCGGGCCAACGGGGCGCCGGAUCUCGGUGCAACCGGAAGAUGCGACCCUGCAGGAGGCCGACAUCGACGAGCUGACGUCGCACCGUUCGGACGAUCCGCGGGCCCUGCGCCGCCACAAGGUGAGCGCCCAGUCCGUCACGUCGAUGGUGAACAUCAACCGGAAGGAGGCUGGCGCACCGCCCCUCCAGCAGCUGCUGCCCCUGGGCAAGUACAAGAAGCUGUACGAUCACAGCCCGCACGAGGUGUUCGUGCAGCUGGACGAGCUGACGGGCACCGGCGAGGACCGGGAGUGGAAGGAGACGGCCCGCUGGAUCAAGUACGAGGAGGACGUGGAGGAGGGCGCCGAUCGGUGGGGCCGGCCGCACGUGGCCUCCCUGUCGUUCCACUCGCUGCUGAACCUUCGGCGCUGCCUCGAAACGGGCGUCGUGCUGAUGGACCUGGAGGAGAAGGACCUUCCGUCGGUGGCCUAUCGCGUCGUCGAGCAGAUGGUCAUCGACGAGCUGAUCCACGAGGACGAUAAACCGGUCAUCAUGAGGGCACUGCUGCUACGCCAUCGACAUGUGAACGAGAGCUCGCACGGUGGCUUCUCCUUCGGGCCGAAGCGAAAGUACAGCAGCUACACGAGCCUGCAGUCUCUGUCCAUGCGGGCCGAGGACGGUGGCAAUGGGGAGGUGAUCGUGGGUGUGCGACGAUUGAACUCCUUCAUAAGCCCCACCCAGAGCUACACGCUCAGCCCACCUUCGCUCCAUCCGAACUCGGUGUACGGCCAGAGCCCGAACCUGUCCUCCCGGGCGCAGGGAUCCGUACCGACGCCGCAGCAGGACCAACGCCACCAGCGUCAGCACACCGCCUCCAACGGCAAGCGCUCCGUCAGCCAGGACACUAGUAGUAGUGCACCGGUGACCCUAACCACGGUCGCCAGUGCCGUUGGUAUGCGACGAAAUAACUCACCUUUAUCGCUGACAGUUGUAAAUCAGAGCGUGGACGAUAAGAAGCCGCGCAUCGUGCCGUCGCCAGAAAUCAAUGGUCAUGGCGGGCACGGUGAGACGCGCAUCAACAUCAACGAGGAAACGUACACCGCCACGUCGUCGCAGGAGGACAUCAAGAUGCGCACGCAGAAGGAAUCGAUCCUGAAGCGCAUCCCCGAGGGGGCCGAAGCGACGACGGUCCUGGUCGGUGCGGUCGACUUCCUCGAGCAACCGACGAUCGCGUUCGUGCGGCUGGCCGAGGGCAUCCCGAUGCCGAGCAUCACCGAGGUACCGAUCCCGGUGCGCUUCCUGUUCAUCCUGCUCGGCCCGCAGAAGACGGAGCUGGACUACCACGAGGUGGGCCGCUCGAUCGCGACGCUCAUGUCGAACGAGCACUUCCACGACAUCGCGUACCGGGCGGACGACCGGCGGGAGCUGCUGUCGGCCAUCAACGAGUUUCUGGACGACUCGAUCGUGCUCCCGCCGGGCAAGUGGGAACGCCAGGCGCUGCUCCCGUUCGAGGAGCUGAAGGCGAAGAGCGACAUGAUCCGGUUGCGCAAGAAGAAAGCGCUCGAUGCGAAGCUGAAGAGCAAGCAGUCGGUGGAGGUGCACCUGACGGGCGACGAGGAGAAGAAGCUGCUGGCCGCGGCCGCCGACGCUGAAACCGGCGCUGGUGGUGGUGGUGGCAAGAAGCCGAAGAAAAACCCGCUGGAAAAGACCAAUCGAUGGUGGGGUGGGUUGAUCAACGACAUCAAGCGCCGGUAUCCGAUGUACAAGAGCGACAUCAUGGACGGGCUCAACACGGAAACGCUGGCGGCCACGAUCUUCAUGUACUUUGCCGCCCUCUCGACGGCGAUCACCUUCGGUGGGUUGUCAUCGGACAAGACCCACAACCUGAUCGGCAUUUCCGAAACGCUCGUAUCGGCGUCCUUCGUCGGGCUGGUGUUUCACCUGCUGGCCGGCCAACCGUUGGUAAUUAUCGGCACGACCGGUCCGCUGCUGCUCUUCGACGAGGCCCUCAACCAGUUCUGCAUCGCGAACAACUUCAGCUUCCUGACGGUGCGCGUCUACGUCGGCUGCUGGCUGGCCGUGAUCGCGCUGGUCGUGUCCGCCUUCGAGGGAAGCGUGUACGUGCGGCUGUUCACCCGCUUCACGCAGGAGAUCUUCUCGGCGCUGAUCACACUGAUCUACAUCGUCGAAACCGCCAUGAAGCUGAUCUCGGUGUACGCACGCCAUCCGCUGCUGGAGGAGUAUCUCUACAAGAACGUCACCGUGGCGCCGGCGCCGUUUGUGGCCGAUGGUAACGAUACGACGUCCACCACCGCCUCCGAUGGGCUGCUCGCGGAAAGUCUCACGGCGGUUGUGAACGGAACGCUCGGAGUGGCCGCCGACGCCACGUUGCUCCUACCGGAGGACAGCAUUGGCCCGAUCAACCGCCCCAAUACGGCCCUGUUCUGCACGAUCCUCACCCUCGGCACGUUCUCGCUGGCGUAUUACCUGAAGAUGUUCCGCAACUCGCACUUCCUCGGCCGUAACGCGCGCCGAGCGCUCGGAGACUUCGGCGUACCGAUCUCGAUCGCGCUGUUCGUGGCGGUGGACUUUAUGCUGCCGCAGGUGUUCACGGAGAAGCUGAGCGUACCGGAGGGCCUUUCGCCGAGCGACGAAACCCGGCGCGGUUGGCUUAUUCCGCUCGGUGGGGUGCCCAGCUGGUUGCCGUUCGUGGCCGGCGUGCCCGCCCUGCUGGUGUACAUCCUGAUCUUCAUGGAGACGCACAUCUCGGAGCUGAUCGUGGACAAACCGGAGCGUGGCCUCAAGAAGGGCUCCGGGCUGCACAUGGACAUUGUGCUGCUGUGCUUCCUCAACGUGGUGUGCGGGUUCUUCGGAAUGCCGUGGCACUGUGCCGCAACCGUGCGCUCGGUCACGCACGUAUCCGCCGUUACAAUCAUGUCAAGAAACCACGCUCCCGGAGAUGCGCCGCACAUUGCCGACGUCAAGGAGCAGAGAAUAUCGGGCUUCUUCGUGUCACUGAUGGUCGGACUAUCGGUGACGAUGGCUCCAAUCCUGCGCCUGAUCCCCAUGUCGGUUCUAUUCGGUGUGUUCCUCUACAUGGGUAUCGCGUCCAUGAGUGGAGUGCAGUUCUUCGAACGAUUGCGGCUGUACCUGAUGCCCGUGAAGCACCACCCACAAGUGCCAUUCGUGCGGCGUGUACCGACGUGGAAGAUGCAUAUCUUCACCUUGGUACAGGUGUUGGCCCUCGCCAUGCUGUGGGCGGUCAAGUCGUCGCCGUUCUCGCUAGCGUUCCCCUUCUUCCUGAUCUUGAUGGUGCCGAUACGGAAGCAGAUGGAGAAGCUGUUCUCCCCGCUGGAGCUGCGAGCGCUCGACGGAAGCCAACCGAACGAGGGUGCAGAAGAUGAACCUGAUUUCUACGAACAAGCAUCGAUCCCUGCCUAAGAACAAUGUAGAUGAUCCCC